UGAUGUGCAUUUACUGUCAUGUGAUACACAUUUUUCACAGCACUGAAGUGCGGCGUAGCGUUCUGUUUUCCCAAACUAAGAAAUGUUUCUCUUUGCCACAGCCUGCUAAAUUGCAGCUAGCUUCAGUUAUGGAAGUGACUGACAGUAGCUUAAUGUAAACGUGUAUAGUUCCGUUCAAGUGUUGAAGAAAAUUCACGGAUAUAACGUGUUUGGAACCUGUCUAUCACCAGCACCAUGGAACCCACAGCCUCUGGAAUGUUCUGUAACAGAAUGCUCAGUAUGGUCAACUCAGAGGAUGUCAACGCCAUCAUCCAAGCCCAAAGGCACAUGCUGGACCGCUUUGAGAAGACCAAUGAGAUGCUAAUCAACUUCAACGGGCUGUCCAACGUGCGGCUGCUGCAGAUGAACGAACACUUCCUGCUUCACACGCGCACCCUGGUGGAGAUGAAGAAAGACUUGGACAGCAUCUUUAGGAGAAUCAGGACGUUAAAGGGCAAGAUCGCCAAGCAGUACCCAGAGGCCUUCAGCAACGUCCACGAGUCGCCUAUCCUGGAGGAGGACGACGACGAGUUUGAUCUCAUCCCGCCCAGCGUUGCCGCGACGAUCACCACCGCCAUGUCGGAGCAGAGCACAGAGUCAUGUGACACGAGCCCCGACGUCAUUUCCCCGACCGUGAGCCGUUGUUCUGAAGACCUCUCCCAGGAGCAGGCCGACACGCCUACCUCUGACCCAGCCCUGCCUAGCCCUGAGAUGGGCGUGCUGAGAGAUGAGGGUCCGGACUCAGUGCCUGCAGAGUAGAGCCUUCGUAACCAAGUGCCUAGAGCUCUACUUAUACCUGCAGAGUAGAGCCUUCGUA